ACAGACUGAUGGAGUUGCAUUUUAAGUAUCUGGACGCAAUGCAGGUGGCGGACAAGAAGAUUGAAGGGGAAAAACAUGACAUGGUCCGGCGCGGGGAGAUCAUAGACAACGACACGGAGGACGAGUUCUACCUUCGGCGCUUAGAUGCGGGGCUCUUUGUCCUUCAGCACAUCUGCUACAUCAUGGCAGAGAUCUGCAAUGCCAAUGUGCCCCAGAUUCGCCAGAGGGUUCACCAGAUCCUGAACAUGCGAGGGAGCUCCAUCAAAAUCGUCAGGCACAUCAUCAAGGAGUAUGCGGAGAACAUCGGGGACGGCCGGAGCCCAGAGUUCCGGGAGAACGAGCAAAAGCGCAUCCUGGGCUUGCUGGAGAACUUCUAGAAACCCCCUUGGCCUCAGACAGCAUGGACUCUCUCUGGGCCUCCAUCCAGAAAGUUUUUACACGGCACCAUGUGACUUUGGGGCAAAUUAAAGCUAGUUUUGGUAUUC